UAAAAUUAUUAAUAGGGUGUUUUGGGAAUUUUAAAUAAAAUUAUGAAGAAAAACAAAAAAAAAAAGAGUCAUGGUCCUCAACUUUUGCUGACUACGCUAGGUCACUCAAAUUUUGGCUGGAAAACACCAUUGAGGAGGGACUAAAAGAACACAAAAAAGUUUAGACGGAAUAAAAUGGCACAAAUACAUGAAAUGAGGGACUGUAUUUGAUCUUUAUUCAAUUUAUUUAAAAAAAAAAGAAAAAAAAAAAGAGAGGUUUCCUCCCAAGAGUCCCAACCAAAUAAGGCCUAAAGGUCUCUCGCAGUACUUCUUUCAAUCAAGUUCAAGAGCAGUUUUAUGCAAAAUGACAGAUAGCAGUUUGGCUCCUCAGAAAAGGGGCCCCAUUAAAUCUUCAGUUGGGAAUUUGGCUGCACAAAAAAGACGGCAGAAUGCAGUUGCUGUUGCUAAAGAAAGGAGGGAGGCACUUGUUAGAACGAAGCGGCUUUGCAGAGUGGCGGUUGGUGGUGAUGAUGAUGGCGGCGAGCCGGAUACCGAAAUGAUGCUUGAUGAGGAGCAGUCAGUUCUGGAAGCUCAGACUUCUGCUGCUGUUGAAGAAUUGAAAACUGCUAUUUCUUAUCAGGGAAAGGGUGCACAAAAGAAGAGGGUCAGUGCUUUACGUGAGUUAAGACGUCUAUUGUCUAAAUCGGAGUUCCCCCCUGUUGAUGUGGCGCUUCAAGCUGGAGCAAUACCAGUUCUUGUGCAGUGCCUUUCAUUUGGUUCUCCAGAUGAGCAGUUGCUUGAGGCAGCUUGGUGUCUCACAAACAUUGCCGUAGGACUACCAGAAGAGACAAAAUCUUUGCUUCCUGCACUCCCAUUGCUUAUUGCACAUCUUGGAGAGAAGAGCUCUUUGCCAGUAGCUGAGCAGUGUGCAUGGGCAUUAGGUAAUGUUGCGGGUGAAGGAGAGGAUCUUAGAAAUGUUUUGCUCUCACAAGGAGCAUUGUUACCUCUUGUCAGAAUGAUUCUUCCAGACAAGGGAUCGACAGUAAGAACAACAGCUUGGGCACUGUCAAAUCUUAUCAAGGGUCCGAAUCCCAGAGCUGCAAUGGAACUUAUCAAGAUGGAUGGUGUACUUGAUGCAAUUAUCCGGCACUUGAAAAAAUCAGACGAAGAACUGGCAACUGAAGUCGCUUGGGUGGCUGUGUAUCUUACUUCCCUUACAGAUGUUGCUUCUAGUAUGAUCGUGAAGAGCAGUCUUGUUCAUCUUCUCGUGGAAAGAUUGGCAACAUCAAACAGUUUGCAAUUGCUAAUACCGGUGUUGAGAAGUUUGGGUAAUCUUGUUGCCAGUGAUGCAACUAUAGCCUCUACAAUGCUUAUUUCUGGAAGCGAAGUUACGGAUAAAGUAAUUGUUGCUCUUUCUAAAUGCCUUGGGAGUGAACACCGCGUACUUAAAAAGGAGGCAGCAUGGAUGCUCUCUAAUAUUGCUGCAGGUUCCAUUGAACACAAAAAAUUAGUUUAUAACAGUGAGGCAGUACCAUUGCUAUUGCGUCUUCUUUCAACUGAACCAUUUGAUGUAAGGAAAGAGGUAGCUUAUGUCCUUGGUAAUACAUGUGUGGCCCCAACAGAAGGUUCUGGUAAACCGAGUCUGAUUGUGGAGCACUUGGUUUCAUUAGUUAGCAGAGGAUGUCUUCCUGGUUUCAUUGAGCUUGUCCGAUCUGCCGAUGUAGAGGCUGCGAAAUUGGGUCUGCAAUUUAUAGAGCUGGUUUUGAGAGGAAUGCCCAAUGGCCAGGGUCCGAAGCUUGUAGAAAGUGAGGAUGGCAUUGAAGCCAUGGAACGAUUCCAGUUUCAUGAAAAUGAAGACCUCAGAAAUAUGGCAAAUGGAUUAGUUGACACAUAUUUUGGUGAGGAUUACGGGCUUGAUGACACUUAAGGACAAGAGCAAGGGUAGGUAUUAGCUGCUACUUUGUGCUGACUAGUUUUAAGGUUUUUAAAAAAAAAAAAAAAUCUUGCUACUCAGGGGAGUUUAAGAAAUAUGGAAAAGGAAAAAAAUGAAAUAAUAUAGGUGAACGAGAUUAUGCAGGUAUUGUAUGAUAGAACGUUUUAAAAUAGAAUGUAAGUUAUGGUGAUACUUAAUUUUGUCUUGGAUCGUCGAAUUGUUGUAAGAGUCAACAAUAGUGUUUGUGCCUUGUUAGCUUGCUACAUGCUUAGAAAUCGGAAGAUGGAUCUAAUGUUAAGACGAGGACUGAUACAUCUAUCUCAAAGGUAACAAAAUAUGCCUAUUUCCCUUCA